AUGUGUGCGUUUGCUCAUGAAUGGAAUUGGGUGCAUGGAGAAGCUCUCACUCGCCAACGUCGAGCUUAUCUAAAUGUUGCAAAUGUUCUUAAAACCUAUCAGCCACGCGCAAGAACUGAAGGACAUCUUUUCCAGCCAGAACCACCAACUCCUGGUUAUGUGGCCGUUAUUGAACCAAACGAAAAGAAUGAAAAAGAAGGUGAAGAUGAAAAACAGAGCGAAUUCACAAAUGCACGGGAUGCGCACUAUGCGGGAAUGUACACUACAGCUAUGCAACGGAAUAAAGAAAUGGAGCUUAUGAAUAAAAAUGCCAUUGAGAAUUCAUCGCUUGAUGCAGCACAAUUAGAAAACAUCAAAUUAGUUCCUGCAGAUCCAGAAAAAGACAAAAAAGAGGAUGAAGAGAAAAAGAAAAAAGCAAAAGAAGAGUAUUUGAAGCAAUUUGAAAAGCCAUUCUCUUGUUAA